AAGCACGCAUUAUACUUCCGUGUUUAUUUUGUAGCCAGAAGGUUAUCGUUGUGGUGCUGUACUAAUCUCAGAGAAUGAAUCUUUUUAAGUACAUUAACCCACAAGUAGGUACAAUUCGUGUAUUAGUAAAACCGAGUCGUACCUUAACAAGGUUGGUCGCUGAAGUUCCUUGUCAUAACCGUUUCAUUCUUCGACAUUUGUCUACUCGUUUAACCUCAUGCUGGCAUGUCCACCGUGAAUCGGCAUGUCACUUUUACGCAAAAAGAUGCUUUUCGGAAAUGGACCCCGGCCGCAGUCAUAUACUGACGAGGACUGACGUUAUUCCGGAGGAAUCACACGAGAUGAAUGGCGACUCGAAUGACAAGCGUCACCCAAGACAAAGGCCGGCUGAGACGUUCAACCUGGAUGUGCUUGUUGGGCUCCUGCGUCAGGAAAAUGCCGCUGACAUCUGUGUGAUCAAAGUACCUGAGCACAUUAAAUACACAGAGUACUUCAUCGUUGUCAGUGGCGUAUCACCAAGACAUCUGCGCGCAAUGGCACUUUAUGCCAUUAAAGUAUACAAAUUCCUGAGGAAAGAUCAAGAUACUCAUGUUAAGCUCGAAGGAAAGGUUUCAGAUGACUGGAUGUGUAUUGACUUUGGCAAUAUAGUUGUUCACUUCAUGCUUCCAGAAGCGAGAGAAGUGUAUGAACUGGAAAAACUGUGGACCUUGCGCUCCUACGACAACCAGCUAAGUGGAAUCCCUGAUGAGAAGCUUCCAAAAGACUUCAUAUUUGACCUCGAGGACACUAAAUGACAAAACACGUUUUCAUAUUGAUGCUUUAUUGUAGUCAAAAUUUGACUGAUUAUGGAAAACUGAAUAAUUCACACAUUGUUGUCGUAUAAUUUGUCAUUUUCAAGCAUGCAUUUUCAUUUUUUAAAACCUUUUUUUGUCAAAUAGUUUUGUCAGUUUAAAAUAAAUUCAUAAUUUUCUAAA